AUGGCUUCCCUCGACGCAUCUUCCUCCGCCUUCAGCGAGGCAACUUUCAUCCCCCCCGAUUCUAUUUUCGACGUUACUCGCAGGUAUCUCGCCGACACGACUCCCAACAAGGUCAAUCUCGGGCAAGGCACAUAUCGUGACGCCGAUGGCAAACCAUGGAUUCUCCCGUCUGUGCGGUCGGCCAAGGGUGAAAUCGCCGCCGCUGACUGCGGGCACGAGUAUCUUCCCAUCGCGGGUUUAAAAUCCUUCCGCGAUGAAGCCGUUAAAUUGGCGUUUCAUGGCACCAAGGCGCUGGAGGAGAACCGGAUAGCAUCCUGCCAAGCCAUAUCAGGCACCGGCGCCCUUCUCCUUACUGGUCUGGCCCUGAAGCGAGCGAGCCCCAAGGUGAAAACCAUCUACAUCACUGAACCUACCUGGUCGAACCACCAGCUGCUUUUCGAGUCUCUCGGCUUCGCCGUACAGACCAUUCCCUACUACAAGGCCGGCCACUUUGACUUUGAGAGCUACAUUUCGGUCCUAAGCGACAUCAAAGCAGACGGCUCGUCCGCCGUCGUCCUGCACGCAUGCGCGCAUAACCCCACAGGUUGCGAUCCCUCGCGCGAGCAAUGGAAAGCCAUCGCGGCUGUGGUCAAGGAGAAGCACAUCUUCCCCAUAUUCGACGCGGCCUACUUGGGCUUCAACUCGGGCAACGUAGACGAAGAUGCGUGGGCAAUACGCUAUUUUGUCGAGGACCUGCAUCUGGAAGCUGCUGUGUGCCUGUCCUUUGCCAAAAGUAUGGGUCUAUAUGGUGAGCGCAUCGGCCUCACGUCCUUUGUAGCCGGGUCGUCCGAUUUAGCGCGGACGAUGCAAUCGGUUCUGGAGAACGUGCAGAGGGCGACGGUGUCGAAUCCGCCUGCAUAUGGGGCUCGGAUCGUGGCGCAGGUGUUGGGGACGCCGGACAUUAAGACGCAAUGGGAUGAGGAUUUGGGGGUUAUGUCGGGGAGGAUUAGGACGAUGCGGGAGAGACUGUACGAGGAAUUAGUGAAGGCAAAGACCCCGGGGAGUUGGGAGCAUAUUGUGAAACAGAGUGGGAUGUUUGCGUAUACUGGGCUUGAGCCGGCGCAGGUGGUGCACCUUGAAGAUAAGUGGCACGUCUACAUGGCGGAGACGGGGAGAAUCUCGAUUGCAGGACUCAAUGAGAGCAAUGUGGUGUAUUUUGCUGAGGCAGUUGACAGUACCGUGAGGACGGUGAAAUGA